AUAGAUAGCAAUUGUUUACGGUGAUCAAAAGAACCGAUAAUAUAUAGAAUCCAAGGAAAAAACUUCUUCAAUCUCCAUUUACCAAAUCUUGUUGUGGCCAUAUUUGUUGUUGGCCUUACAUAAAUUAUUCUACAAAUGUCCUUUUUAAUGUUUAUUCUUGUGUACCAAUGGCUUUUCAGCAUAUUAAAUAAUGCAAAUAUGUAUCUAACAAUCUUCAUCUUAUAUUUCAGGAAGAAAAAAAACUUCAUCUUAUAAUAUUACUUUGCAGAAGUCAUAUAUAUAGCAUCAACUUGGGAAGUUUUUUCUCAUCAUCAUCUCUCAAAUAUAAUGACAUAAAUUUCUCAUAUUAUAACAUAUAGUAUAUGCUUUUUAAUCAGCAGGUGUUUCAUGCUUGGAAGGGCGAAAAAAUGUAGCAUCACAUGAAAUUCCUGCAAAUUAAUUCCAUUAAUGUGCAUGUAGGUUUGAAGGAGAUGGAAUUGGGUGUUCUUCUGUUUCAAUAAGGAUGCUUCUAACUAGUGAUGGCAAAUUGCUUCUUCCAGAUCAUGGAAAAACACAGCCGCAGCACCUACAACGGUGCCGUUUUAUACUACGAAUGCUAUGCAUGUCAGCAAGUAGGAGUCCCCAUCUUCCACUCCACAAGCUGUGACCUCGCCACUGCUCGCCAACCCCAUUGGCAAGCACUCGCCGGGUCAUCCCUUAUCCCUAUCCAUACCCGGACCAAAUACCCAUUCGGAAACCGGCCCCGGAAACCACCGCAACCGUUCGGGUCAGUGCUCGACCCACGUAGCCAGUUGGUGCAAUGGUGGAACAGGGUUUUCCUAUUGGCACGUGGAAUAUCCUUAGCUGUUGAUCCUCUAUUCUUUUAUGCAUUGACGCUGUCGAUAGGGAAAGGUGGGGCCCCUUGUUUGUAUGUGGACAAUGACGUGGCAGCUGCUGUAACGGUGGUUAGGACAUGUCUGGACGCUGUUCAGUUUUGGCAUGUUUGGUUACAGUUCAGGUUGGCUUAUGUUUCCAAAGAGAGCCUUGUUUUUGGAUGUGGGAAGCUCGUGUGGGACGCACGUGCCAUCGCUUCUCAUUAUGCCAAGUCUCUUAAAGGAUUUUGGUUUGAUGUUUUCGUCAUCCUACCAUUUCCUCAGGCAAUGUUUUGGUUAUUGGUGCCAAGGCUGAUCUCACAAGAAAAGAUAAAGCUGGUAUUAAUGUUAAUACUGCUCACUUUCUUGUUUCAGUUCUUGCCUAAGCUCUACCACAGCUUUUGCUUGAUGACCAGAAUGAAAAAGGUCACCGGUUACAUCUUUGGCACCAUUUGGUGGGGUUUUGCCCUUAAUCUCAUUGCUUACCUCAUUGCUUCUCAUGUUAUAGGAGGGUGCUGGUAUGUGCUAGCUACUCAAAGUGUAGUGAAAUGUCUAAAGCAAGAAUGUGAAAGAAAUGGAAGUUGCAAGCUGUCUGUGUCUUGCUUCAAAGGUGUCUGUUAUCAGUUUAUGUAUCCUGAAGACAAAUUUGGAAACCCGUGUGGCAAUACCACCAAAUUGAUUGCGAAGCCAUUGUGCUUGGAUGAUGAAGGACCUUUCAAUCAUGGGAUCUAUUCUGAAGGACUUCUUGUUGUUACCAGCAAUUCUCUUGCUGUCAGGAUUCUCUAUCCCAUUUUCUGGGGCUUGCUCAACCUCAGCUCUUUUGGGAAUGAACUUGCUCCGACAAGUAACUUACUAGAAGUCAUGUUCAGUAUAUUCAUUGUGCUGUGUGGAUUAACUCUCUUCACCCUAAUGAUUGGGAAUAUACAGGUAUUUUUGGCAGUAAUGUUGGCGAAGAACAAAGACAUGCAGCUAAAACGCAGAGACAUGGAAUGGUGGAUGAGCCGACGGCAAUUGCCAUCUAAUUUAAGACGACGAAUGAGACAUUUUGACAGCCAGAGAUGGGCUAUUAUGGGCGGAGACGAUGAUGAUAAGUGGAUUGAUGAAUUGCCUGAGGGACUUCGGAGAGAUAUUAAGCGGUUUCUGUGCCUAGAUCUCAUCAAAAAGGCACCUUUGUUUCAUAAUCUGGAUGAUCUUGUUCUCGACAACAUUUGUGAUCGCGUCAAGCCCCUUAUCUUCUGCAAAGGCGAAAAGAUAAUUAGAGAAGGAGAUCCUGUACAAAGAAUGUACUUUAUAGUCCGUGGACGCGUAAAACGCAGCCAAAGCCUGAGUAAAGGCAUGACAGGCACAAGCCUUAUCGAACCUGGCGAAUUUUUAGGCGACGAAUUGCUGUCCUGGAGUCUACGCCGUCCGUUCAGAGACCGGCUUCCAUCGUCAUCAGCAACAUUUGUUUGUCAGGAUUCAACAGAAGCAUUCGGUCUUGACGCGAAACAUCUUAGGUACAUUACUGAUCACUUCAGGUACACAUUUGCAAGCGAAAGGCUUAAGAGAAAAAUGAGAUACUACUCUUCGAAUUGGCGGACGUGGGCGGCAGUGAACAUACAAUUUGCUUGGAAUCGUCACAGGAUGAGGAGUAGAGGUGUACUGAAUAUUGUGAAUAUUCAUGGAGAUUUUGAGAAUCGGCUAAGGCGGUAUGCGUCUAUGUUCUUGUCUAUCAGACCUCAUGAUCACCUUGAGUGAAUUAUGACAGCAGUCUUCCUAUACUCGCUAUUCCUAUGAAAAUCCAUGGGAAUUUACAAGAAAAUGUAAAGAUUCUUGUGCUUAGCUUUGCUUGCAAAACUGAACAGAAAUAAGUUUGUUUGCGGGCAGAUUUUAAUUAAAUGAUCCGUAAACCUUCAUGUAUGUCUUUGUGCAUAUAAAGACUUCCAUGUGUUGACUAUUUGGUUGAUCA